AUGGGGCAGAUCCUGCAACCUGCCUUCUCCGUGACCCGCAGAGCGUCGGGCUAUGAAGUGGCCAGCAGCGGGGAUGCGAUGGAAAAUGAGUCCAAUUCGACCACCACCAGCUCUUCGACCACCGUGACGACCACCUUCACGGCGAUCACUACAACGGUCACGAGCACUGUGAUCGGGUCUCAGAACUGGACUGCAAUCCCCUAUUGCCUAUGCCAAUCAGACCGAACGCAGACCUUGCAAUGCGAGACAGGAGCUGGGCAAGCUUGUGUCACCAACUUCACCGAUCCAAGUGAUUGCUUUGAGGAAGGCACCCUGUGUGAGGCCAGUGUCGGAUGUGUCACCCGACCCAGCAUACAGGCGAACUGUGCUGUCUACACCACGCAAGAGGCCUGUGAGGAGCAAAGAGCGUGCUACUAUCGAUUUCCAGGCUUGUUGUACAGGAUGGCGUGCAGGAGUAUGGGUGCCAAUGCGAACAACUCCCAGGCCCUUGCAGCUUGCAGCGAAUUUAACCACAAGGUCGCCUGCGACAAGCAAGCCAUUUGUCACUGGACCAUCACUGAAUAUCAUGGGGAGCUUUGCGAGAAUGGCGGUGUGCAUGUUGGGUGUGGUGGUUUAGCGUCUCAGCUGGAUAGCAGAUGUGCCAUCCAUCGAACGUUGUCUUCCUGCCAGGUCGAGCCUGACAUUUGCACGUGGAAAGGGCUUUGCACUUGUACGCCCGAGUUCUUUGGCGACACAUGCGAGAAAGAGCGAGUUCCGUUUCAGCCCGGCGGAGUCUGUGUGGAGAGCAUCACGCAGCCGGCUAUUUGCAAAGGCUUGGUCAUCGCGGCAUCAGUCCAAGAUCGGGACUUUUGCAGCCCUGGGCAAGACUGCACUGCUUGGGAUGAGUUGACUGCUAGGGCUGGUCUCAUGUAUGAGGCAGAGCUUGGCCACACACUGGUGGAUGCCAUUGCCAUCCUGUUCUGCUUUUGGGCGGUCUUCUCAAAACGGAAGGCUGGCUGCCGCAACAUCCUUCGUGCCACCUUAUUGAGCUUCACAGCAGACGUGGCACUCGAGGCCCUUCUGGCCGACACAGCGCUGGGGGCCAAAGCUGCGGCACUGGAGUUGAGGGAUGCCUUUUGCGUGUCAGGUCACUCCACAGCGAUGAUGUCCCUGAGCCACCUCCCAAGCGUGAUUGCAACGUUGGCGUGGGUGAAUAUGGGGCUGGCCAUUGUGGGUUGCACGAGCCAGUUGGCCAGCAUCUUCGCGAGCUUGCGGCAAAAGGAAGUCUUAGAGAUGGUGGCGAUCGUGCUCAUUGUCUUCAUCGCGCUGCUGGAAGGGAUUUUCGGUGCGAUCAGCUUCAGCCACACGGGAGACUUCACAGCGGUUCUCUUGGAACUUGAAGCGGCCGCCCUGGGCCGCUUGACGCCGAUGCCAUGA